UGGAGAGGCUAGACAAAAGCGCUUUUCUCACUAAAUUAUAUCCAAACUAAGGUCAUCAAACUAAGUCACACCGGGUGGCAAAAUGUGUUCUGGAAAAUCCAAAAUGGAAUAAGAAUGCCUUCAUUCCAAAAGGUUUGUUUGGUGCAACAAAAGCUCAUCACCUACAAAAACACCAUAUCCAGGGUGCAGCACGGUGGUGGUACUGUAGCAUAUCAUACAAUAGGGCUGAUUUUCUAAUGCCACGAUUCAUCUUUCAGUUUAAUUUUCGAUAUAUUGAUUUGAUGACAUUGCAUAUGGUACAAAUAAGAUAUAAUCGACUGUAAGCUGAUGAAGGCGUGUCUCAAGAAACACAGUUAACUUAAUAAUGGUUUGUUAUAGUGGCAUGUAAUCAAUCAGAACCGAUUUAAGGAAACAUUAGGUUGCAGUCAAACCAGGUUGGCGCACUGCUGUGAAAAAGUAAAAAUAUUCGUGCGAGCAGAAACAAUAGUUGAGAAAACAAACAUUUAAUGAGUCUGUGGAAUUACUUUGUAUAUAAAAAAAUUAGUGCAUCCAUUUCCUCUGGCGGUUUAAAUUUAAUGUGCUAACGCUAGUGCUAACACUAGAGCCAAGUGACUGAAACAUUAUAAACUAACUGAGACUCGUUUUAUAAACAGAAUCUUUUCUCGGUGGCCGGUAUGCCGAGUUGUACGUCGACUCUCGUCGAGAUAAUAUACAGGACAAUCAGUUUCAUCGUUAUUCUUGUUAAAUUCAUCUAUCGCAGUUAGCUAGCUAGACAACUUAGUUACCUCGGACGUCACGUGACAUCACGACUCUUAGCAACGUGAUCGAACUUCGAAUGAAUUCAAAUUAGUCUAAUUCUGUUCACACCCAGAAACGAGUUCGGUCUUUUCGUUUACAUCUGUUGCGUUACAGGAAACGAAACAAACAGGAUGGUGGAUGCAUUUUUAGGAUGCUUUGGAACUUUUAACCACUUUGAUAAAAAGCGUAGGCAAGUACAGCUGAGAGACAUGGUGCACUUGGAAACUUUGCGCAGAGAGAGAAAUGAGGCAGAGAAAGAUCUAGAGCUUGAGAAAAAGAAAAAGGAGGAGAGAAAGCUUGUGAAGCAGAUCGAGUUGCAUAAGAUAGAGAAAAGAGAUUCACUUUACUGGAUCAAAAUUAAAUGGCUGAUAAAAAGAAGAGAAGAAAGGAAGGAGCUUGAAAUGUUGAGAGCUCUGGAUUUACAUCUGGACUUGGAUCUGGAGAAGCAAAGAAAAGUAAAAGAUCAGAAAUGGAGCAAGAUCAUGGAGAAGAAACACCAGAAAGCAUACAGGAAGAUUCUGGAAGAAAGGCAGGAGCUUGAAAGGCUCAGAGACCUGGAUGUCCAGCUGUACCUGACGGACUUGGAUAUGGAAAGGCAAACAGAUGAACAGAAAAGAAGAGAUAAGCUGGAAAGGAAACAUCAGAAAGUAUCCUGGAAGGAACGCACAAAGCGUAAGUACAGACUGGCCAGGCUGGAAGAUAUGGAGAAGAUGAGAGAUAUUAAAGAUUUAGAAGACAGCCUGACAUUUAAGGAUUUAGAGAGGGAACUGGCUGCACCAAAGGAGAGUUUUGCACAGCAUCAUCAAGAGAUAAGGAAAUGUGAAGAAUACAAGACAGAGAUAAAGGAGGGAUUAAGAAGGGAUAAAAUGCUGCUGCAUGUAAGACCAAUGCAUAGAGAAGUUGCUAUUGAAAGAGAGAUGGCAGAAGUGAGAGAAAUGAGUAUCCUGGAGAACAAACUGGGUGAUAGCAAUAAGCAGGGGAAUGUGACAUGGAUGGAAAUUGACGAAAAUAAUCAGGGAGUGGAAGAAUCACUUCAAGACAUCAGGGAACAUGUGGAGAAAAGUAGGGAAAUGAUGCUAGAGAUGGAGAGAAUCGGAGAGUCAAAGAGGCAAAUCUCUGAGAUAAGCGAGAAGGCAAUGGGGCAGACUGGAAUUCUGACAGAGAAACAAACAGAGAUUACGAUUGAGCAGGACAAAAGACAGAGGAAGCUGCUCCCAGAGCUGCUCUCAACAAUGGAAAAGCAGAGAGAGGUGGGUGAAUUAGAACUAAACAACAAAAUACUCUUAAUACAAAAAGAAAUAGAAAUAAACAAUCAUAAGAUGGAACCGAAAGAAUGUGAGAGAGAGGAGGAAAUGAAGAAUGAAAUGGCAAAAACAAUAAAGGAGAAAUGCAAGUGGAUAGAGUUGCAGAUUCAUAAAGAAAGACAAGUGGUGGAUAUGGCCCUACUAGAGAAAAUGGAGAGAACAGCAGAUAGACAGGACAUGAACAGUGAGCUAAUGAAAGAGAUCCAAAUAGGGGGUGAAUUGCAAAUUAACAAGACAGAGAUAGAGAGAGAAAAACAGCAAGUACAAGAGGAGGAACACUUCUGGGAUCCGGGAGACCUGCCAAAGUCCGAGGAGGUUUCAACCGAAAAGGAAGAAAGUUUUGAAAUAGAUGAAGAACUGCAAAAGUCUGAGGAUAUUCAGAAUCGUUCACCCAAACAUGAAGAAAAGAUGCAAAAAAACUGUGAGCUGAUGCAGAAGCUGUUCCCUCAGACAGUCAGGCCAUCAUUGCAAGAAGAGAAACAGAAUGUCCAGGUGACUAAACAAGAGGAAAAAUGGUGGACAAUGAAAGAGAACCUCUGUGAUUCUGAAAGCCUGCCAAAGUAUGUGGAUAUUCAGAAUCGUUCACCCAAACAUGAAGAAAAGAUGCAAAAAAACUGUGAGCUGAUGCAGAAGCUGUUCCCUCAGACAGUGAGACCAUCAUUACAGGAAAAGAAACAGAACGUGCUGUCAACAAAACAAGAGGAAAAAUGGUGGAUAAUGAAAGAGCACCUCUGUGAUUCUGAAAGCCUGCCAAAGUCUGAAGAUAUUCAGAAUCGUUCAACCAAACAUGAAGAAGGUUUUGAAAUAGAUAUAGAAUUGCAUAGCCAGCCGGAUGAAAAGGUCCAGAGAAAAGAAGAGAUGCUCCUGAAAACUGAGAGGCAAAGAAAUGAGGAACAAAUAAAAGAAAGACCGAAAUAUUCAGCAAGUGCAGGAGGCAAGACAGAAACAUGCAGAAAUGCAAAAAUUCAAGAAAGAGCAAAUGCAGAUGAUGAUCUACAGUAUGAGACACUGAACUCAUCAUUGUAGAAAAUGGGAAAUAGGGACAGGAAGACUAAACACAGACUCCAUCAGAAAUAUGCAACACCAUCAGGAAAGCUCUGAGCUCUGGGGAAAGAACAUCAAGGGCAUGUGGAAUCUUACAGUUACAGAAGAAACAAGCAACUGGACAAAAUGAAUUAAGGAAUACAGGGAUGACGAGACAAAAUGCAAAAAAAAAAUUGCAGAUGUUCCCACAUACAGUGAACUUAUCAUUGCAGAUUGAAGGAGAUGUAGAAAGCAGACUGAACAUAGUCCCUGCAGAAUCCAUGUCAACAAUAUUUCUGAGGAACCUGAAUCUCAGGUUUUCACUCAUUCGAGUAACAGCAGAGAGUCUCCAGAAAACAGCCUCUAUUAUAGCGAUACCUUGGAAGAUUGUGGGGGGAAAAGGACCUUGAUUGGCUGGAUCAAUGAAAACCUAAAGGACAAUCAUGAAAAUGCAAUUGCAAAGAGCAAACAUGGGGAUAGGUGUUACCUUAUGAGAUCUACUCAUCAGUGGAUAACUGAGGCAGCAAUUCAACAGCAAAAAAGAGAGAAAGAAAAGAAAGUAAGAAAAACUGCUUGAGGACUGCUAUAGAACAUGGGAGGAAAACAAAGAAAAAAGAAUUUAAAAAAUAGAGAAGGAAAAGAAGAAGGCUAAAAAAGAAUGUGAAAACAACUUGAAAACGUGCAUAUUAUUAUAUUUGCUAAAACAACAUUCUUCUCAUUGAGAAGUCGAAGGUUAAUUGUUGCAAACUUUGUAAGAAUUCCUGUAGAAGAAGAUGGCAUUGGAUGGAAUUCGUUUGGGAACUGUCAGAAUAAAAAAAGGCCAUAAUUAUUAUUGGGGCUUUUCAUGUUCACCAUUUUCAUGCUCUUGAGAAACGAUCCACUGCUACCAGUCCACUGCGAUGUGGGUCCACAGGCUUUGCGGUAUGGGGAGAGGCUCUAGAAAGACCUGACGGUAGUUGCAGUGGUGUCUUCUGGACACGCGUCAACGUAGUUGUUAACAUCUGCAGCCAGUGAUUACCACUAGAAGGAGAGCAGGGCUUUGAAGUCUCCUCCAUGAUGACACAUGGACGCAGCUUAAAGAACACCAGGACACACACACACGUGCACAUACACAGACACACACACAGUACAAUGUGGGCAACUGACACUGUUUUUGGUUUAAAAAUAGAAAACAUUUUAUUCAGUCAGUGUUAAGCUCAGAUGGAAGUCACAGUUACUUAAACAAUCAGGAAGAGAAUCGAAACAAAAACGUCUACCAUGAGAAUGAUAUUAACAUUUAUAAGUGUGGCGGUUUCGACUUCACACUCACUCAAAAAGAAUAGUAUUAGAAAUAUUCCUCAGAGGAAAAACAGGCUGGGUUAAACGGAGAACCUCUUAUGUUGAAGAGAGAUCAUUUUUCACAUUACAAAAGGCAUUAUGGCUAGCUCCUCGACCAUGGAUGGCACAUGCCCAGACGAUCCACAGCCACUUCCAGGACAGAGGAGACACCCGACGCAUGUGGCAGGGCAUACAGACGAUCACGAACUACAAUACAGCUUCACCUUCCUUUGAUAGAGAUGCUUCCCUCCCAGAUGCGCUGAAUGACUUCUAUGCUCGGUUUGAGGUGCAAAACAAUGUAACAGCAAGAAAGCCCAUCCCUGCUCCCCAAUGACCAGGUACUCUGUCUAUCCACAGCCGAUGUGAGGAGAAUUCUAUGUGGAGUUAAACCACGGAAGCUAAAGGCACUGCACUUGAUAAUCUCCAUUGCUUUGCUGAACAAUCAAUAAAUGGAUACUCUACUGUAUGAAGUUUAUAAAUCUGACAAGUCAGUGUCUGAAUCGGUGUAUAACAAAUUAUACACAUCUGAAAUGAGAAAGUAAGUGUGCUUACCCCAUUUAGCAAGCGUGUUUAGUAUAAUUUAGCCUUAAUAAUCCACAGUAUGUAUAGGCUGUGUCGGCCCUAAAAUGUAAUUUGAAAAUAACCUGCAUUUGAUUUA